AUGGUUUGGCGUACAUGGGUGCGCUCUUCGGCAGAUCUUCAUCUCCUGUAUACACGCCGUGUUAACAGACCUCCUUUGCCAUUAGUUAGUCGGUGUGCAGGCCUUUGCAGUGGUCAAAGAUCUCAAGUACAAGCCGGAUUUGACCAAACCUCUCAAAGUCAUAGCAGAUCCUUAUUUUGUGAAUACGCGCACGGACAGGGAGAGAUGGGACUGCAUAACAUUCAACAUUUUCCUAUUCAAGGGCUACUUCCAAAGGAGGAAACCCAAGCCGCUUCGUUUGUCCGUAAAAACCCCGAAUUUGAUGGACGAGGGACGGUCAUUGCUAUCCUGGAUACUGGCGUUGAUCCCGGUGCACCUGGUCUGCAGGUCACCACAGAAGGUCUUCCAAAGGUGAUUGACAUCAUCGACUGUACUGGAUCUGGCGACGUGCAAUGUACAACGGUUGUCGAAGCUUGUUCAAUUGAGGAAGACGGGAAAACACGCCGUAUUCUCCAGGGGCUCUCAGGGCGUACGCUGACGAUUGGCGACUGGCACAAUCCGACUGGCAAGUAUCGGCUGGGGCUCAAGAGGUCGUCCGAGUUAUUUCCAAAACCAUUGGUCGAUAGACUUCAAAAGGAUCGCAGAAAGAAGUUUGAGAUUGAGCACCAUUCGCUCGUGACUAAGACCGAGCGUGAACUUGACCAUUUGGAGAGCGUUCAGGAGCCGGGAGACAAGGAAGAGCAUGAGAUUCGAAAGGUGGAUACCAAAACGCGGUUGGAAGUGCUCAAGGAGCAAUGGAAAAACUACGAAGACCCUGGGUUUAUCAUCGACUGUGUGGUUUUUCAUGACGGAAGAAAAUGGCGCGCUGUGGUCGACAUGGACGAAUCUGGAGAUCUUAGAAAUGCUCCCCUGUUGACGACAUAUUCCGACGAGAGGCAGUUUGUGCGCUUCAGCGAUGAUUCUAUGCUGAACUUCUCUGUUAACAUUUAUGAUGAAGGCGAAACUUUAAGUAUUGUGACACUUGCUGGUUCACAUGGAACACAUGUGGCUGCGAUAUCAGCGGCACAUUAUCCAGAGGAUCGAAAUUUGGAUGGUGUAGCACCCGGUGCACAAAUUGUUUCCCUAAAGAUCGGGGAUACGCGUCUAGGGUCAAUGGAAACUGGAACCGGCCUCAUCCGCGCAGCGAUUGAACUGACGCGCCUGAAAGUGGACUUGGCUAAUAUCUCUUAUGGUGAAGCUGCAUCUAUUCCGGACACUGGGCGGUUCGUUGAGCUUCUGCGUGAUGAAGUUAUCAAUAAGUCAGGUUGCAUCGUGGUCUCAUCAGCUGGGAAUGCUGGCCCAGCACUCACGACUACGGGCGCCCCUGGCGGGACGACGAGCGGGGUAAUUGGUGUGGGGGCGUACGUGACGCAAGGGAUGAUGCAGGCGGAAUAUGCGAUGUUGGAUACAGUAAAGGAAGGAAGCUAUACCUGGAGUUCAAGAGGACCCACAGCCGAUGGCGCCUUGGUGGACAUCUACGCUCCAGGUGCAGCUGUAACGAGCGUGCCGCAGUAUACAACCCAGCAUUCUCAGUUGAUGAAUGGAACGUCCAUGUCUAGUCCAAAUUGCUGUGGUUGCAUCGCUUUGCUGCUUUCUGCGUUAAAAGCCAACAAGAUCCCUUACACUCCGUAUCGUGUCAAAGCCGCGAUCCAAAGAAGCGGUUCAGAUAUUGGCGAUGAGUUUGGAAUCAAAUUCAUACAAGUGGAGCGAGCAUGGGAUCAUCUUUUGGAGACCGGUGCAGCAUUCACUCCCUUCGAUGUGGAAUAUAAUAUCUCGGUUCAGGACAAGCGGAACGCCCGCGGGAUCUAUUUACGUGACAUUGACGAAACGAGUGACGUGCAGCAAUUCCAAGUAGAAGUUCGUCCACACUUUUUUAAGGAAAAUGACCCUGAAGUAAAUGUAAAAAAACUCGACCUAGAAGUCAGAGCGGGUCUUGUGUGUACAAAACGAUGGUUGAGUGCUCCGGAAUAUGUGCUUUUAAACAAUGGCGGGCGAUCUUUCAAUGUCCGGGUUGAUCCGACCACCCUGGAGCCCGGUUUUCACUUCGCGGAAGUACAGGGUUACGACACUCAAAAUCCUAAAGCUGGGCCCAUAUUCAGUAUCCCCGUUACUGUCUGUAAGCCGGAAGCUGCUGGGCACUUUGGUGCCGAAGAGCGUGUCGCAUAUUUCCGCUGGGAAGGCUUGAAAUUUGAACCGGGCACGAUUGUAAGGCGGUUUGUCAGUGUUCCUUUAGGCGCGAAUUUUGCGGAGCUUAUUGUGAGAAGCACCGAUCGGGCUUCACCCGCGCGAUUUAUCGUUCACACGAUGCAGUUGCAAGAGCAAACGCGGUCCACAAAGUUUGAACACUCGUAUAGCUUCAGCCUUUCACGCACUGGUUCAAACCCCUCCACGAGCGACGCUGAACAAUCAGUGUAUACUAAGCUCUUUCCCGUGCUUUCGUACGCGACGCUGGAGGUGUGUCUGGCCCAAUUCUGGUCAUCUCUGGAAUCCAGCAGAGUUGACGUGGAACUCAAAUUCCAUGGCAUUUUUGCUUCCGUCUCUGCGGGGAAUCAGGGAGGAUUGGGUGCGACGACUGGAAGUGGCGGCGAUCUAGUCAUGCUGAAUACCGGGAAUAACGGCUUUAGCAGAGUGGACCUCUGGACAGGGGUUAGGAAGGAGGAAAUCUCUCUUAGCGUUACACUAGAUACUCUUCGCCGAUUCAUUCGACCAAAUGAUGCGAUCAUUUCUCCGUUAAAAUCUCGCGAUGUGUUACCUGACACUCGCCAACUGCAUCAACUAGUUUUGACCUAUGUUGUCAAAAUUUCCGAGGCAGGAGGUGGAGUGAACAUCACACCCCGAGUUCCGAAAGUGAAUGAAGUCCUGUAUGAUGCAUUUUUUGAGAGUUUCGUUUUGAUCGUGUUUGACGCCAACAAAAAGGAACUCUCGUAUCAAGACAUCUACCCAAAGACAUUGAAGGUGACUGAUGGAACAUACACUAUCCGUGUGCAGGUGAUUUCGGGGUCUGUCGAGUUCCUCGAUAGCCUCACCUCCACACCCCUUAUUCUCGACCAAGCACUUGGUAAAUCUGGUUCAUUGAACGCGUACAAGGGAUUGGGCUAUGCUGUCCGGGAGGAUAAGACUGGCUCCUUCAAAAGGCGCACGUUGCAAAGAGGAGAACGGGCUGUUGCAUGGCUUAGCGGUGAAAUUCCGGCGCCUAAAGAUGCUAAACAAGGAGAUCUGUUGGUUGGCAACAUGGAUGUAAUUGGCGGCGGACGUAAAUUGGAUGGAGGUGCGUUGUAUAAGGUCGCAUGGCUCGUGCCACCUUCGCCGAGAGAAAAAGACAAGAAAGACGACACCGGCAAAGAUGAGGAGAAAGACGACGCAACGUUGCUGAGAGAGGCUACCAGAGACUUGGAAAUUUCAUGGAUUAAAAAGAUGAAAGAUGACGGCGAGCGCGAGAAGUUGAUUUCCAAGUUGGAGACAGAUUGGCCUAAUCACUUGCCACUACUGGUCGCCAGAUUGGAGAUGAUUGGCGAAAAGGCCGAGAAGGAAGAGAAACAACAGGAAAAGGAAGGAGGGAAUGUUUCUGAUGGGACGGUAAGUUCCGUGGAGGAGCUUGCAGACAAGAUAUUGGAGGUGGCUGAUGAGAAAGAGGUGGCAAUGUGGUUCGGCGUUCGACGGGAUUCGAAUAGAAUUUAUGGAACGGACAAGGAACGAAAAGAGCGCCUUAGGAAGGGCAAAGAGAUGGAUAAACGCAAGGAAGCGAUUGUGCUGGCAUACACUUACAAGUGUUGGUGUAACAAGCAAGCGAUCCUCAAGUCACCAACUGCUUCCCUCGACAAUUUAGCGCGCUUGCUGGAAGUACUCUAUGGCUGGCUUCCGGAUCCGCCAACUAGUAGUAGCACUCAAUACCUUCUUUUAUGGUCGUGGUUCCAGAGACGUCGGGGACUCUAUGGAGAGGUUGCAAAGGUGACAAACAAGUUUCUAAAGGAUGGAAGUAAAGUUGGGGACGUCAGAUGGGGAGAUGUUGCCAAAGAGCGGGACGAAGCAUUCAAAGCACUUGAGUGGUGUGUCUGGAUGGGAUAUGAAGCACGCUGGGGUUUAGUUAGGAAGCCUGCCAAUUGGUCAGCGUUUUAGGGAUUUUGUUAGUUAAAAGUAGACUUUAUCUUGUUCCUGUGAUAUAUAAACAUUCCGUGCUGGCAAUGUCUUCCCUCU